AUGCGAGUUGAGCUUAAUUUCACGUCUGAAAUCUUUGCGAGGCCAGGAAAGAUGGAGAUUUGGGGCAUUGUGGAGGAAAGCAUGCCAUCUGGAGGCGUCCCGCCUCACAAGCCAAGUUCUGACUUCCAAGGAGGUUCACAACUGUUUAUCACUCCUCCCAAUGGCUACGCGACAUGUCCCGGCUAUGGCAAGACCCCGGACACCAUCUACGCGAACACGGGCUGCUACAACCGGCCGGAUCAACAAAGCUGCACCGUUUGCAUCAACAUCGCCUACUCAACGGCCCAAACCUCGGCUCCACUCACCAUCGGUGCUGCUGUCUGGCUCAAUGAAACCGCGCACCAGUACGCAUGCAGCCUGACCUUCGAAGUAUACAACUUCACGGACUCGUUGCUCGCUUCGCCUUGGUCAAGGUGGCUUUGGAGUUGUGUACAAGGUAAUCUCGUCCAAAGGUGUCCACUCAUAAGCGUUGAUUGCCAGGCCAAUCUCAAGGAUGGGACGCAAGUGGCAGUGAAGAAGCUCUCGCUCCACUCCAAGCAGGGAAAGCAAGAGUUUGUCAACGAGCUCAACAUUAUCACAGGGAUUCGCCACCGGAAUCUUGCCAUGCUCCACGGAUAUUGCGUCGAAGCCAAUGAGAGGCUCUUGGUUUACGAGUUCCUGGAGAACGGCAGUCUCGACAGUGCGCUCUUCCAAAGUUCUUCGGCCUUGAAUUGGCAGUCUCGGUUCCAGAUCACGAUCGGGAUCGCUCGGGGCCUUGCUUACCUGCACGAGGAGUCACACUUUCAGAUAAUCCACAGGGACAUCAAAGCCAGCAACGUUCUCCUCGACGCCAAGUUACAGCCAAAGAUAUCGGACUUUGGCCUCUCCAAGCUCUUCGAUCUGGAUGGAAAGCACGUCGUCUCAAAAGUGGCUGGAACAUUCGGAUAUAUGGCACCAGAAUAUGCGGUUCACAGGAGAUUGUCACCGAAAGCCGACGUCUUCAGCUUUGGGGUUCCCGUCCUGGUGAUCUUGAGCGGGAGGAAGUGCGUGGAUCUGGCACGAUCAUCUGGCCAAGAACACAUAGUGCAAAUGGUGAGCAUAAAAAUAAAUAAAUCUUCUUACGGUUGGUUUCUCCAGACUUGGAAGCUCUGCGAGGCUGGAAAAUUGGACGAGUGCGUUGACUGGAAGCUUGGCAGUGAUUAUGAUCCCGACGAAGUCUACAGGAUGGUUCACAUUGCUCUGCUGUGCACUCAAGAGCGUGAAGAGCUCCGACCAGUAAUGAGCGACGUUGUGACAAUGCUACUGGGACGUCUUGACCUCCACCCUCUCCCUACUCAUGCCCCCGGUACUUAUCUUAAGACCAGGACCAGCUCCAGUACUGGUAAUAGGUGUUCCAUAGAAGUUUUCAGUGCUCGCUAGUCCGCUGU